AUGCCUAUUGGUUAUUUUUUCACUGACAAGAGAACAGCAUCUGUCCAAGCAUCUCUUAUUAAAGCAGCACUCACUAUGGCACAUCAGCAUGGUUUGAAGAUCUGGUGCAUAACAUGUGAUAGGACAACGACAAAUUUGGCAAUGUUUGAGAAUCUCGGGUGUAGUUUUGGCACUUCCUAUGACUCCAUUGUCACCAAGUUUCCCCAUCCAUCAACUGGCGAUGAUGUUUUUGCCAUUUUAGAUGGCUGCCAUAUGCUGAAGCUAGCUUGCAAUUCUUUGACUUUUCUCGGGUCAUUCCAUGGCUUAUUUCAAGAAAAGAUUGAAUGGAAACACCUCUGCCACCUGCAUCAAGUCCAGCAGCAUGAGGGACUCAAGCUCGCCAACAAGAUCUCCACAGAGCACAUCGAGUUCCAAAGACACAAGAUGAAUGUCAGCCUUGCUGCUCAAACCCUUAGCUCAUCUGUCGCAGAUGCUAUUGAGUUUCUUGAUAAAAUCAUGAAAACGAGUGAAUUUGAAGGGAGUGCAGCAACAGUCAAGUUUAUAAAGAUUGUUGACAGACUAUUUGACACUCUUAACUCAAGAAAUCCUCAUGGGAAAGGGUUUAAACAACCACUGAAGAAGGUCAACAUUCCACAUUGGGGAAAUGCAUUAGAAACAACAGCACAGUACCUGCUUAACCACAAGUCAAGUUCGGGGCAGCUGCUCAUCAGCCAUAGAAGGAAGACCUUUAUCCUUGGAUUUGUUAUCACCAUCAAAUCAACCACUGAGAUGGCCAAACAGAUGCUCACCUUGCCUCAAGAUCCCUUCAAGUAUGUUUUAACAUACAAGUAUUCACAAGACCACAUCGAGCUCCUCUUUUCAUGCAUUAGAGCAAAAGGAGGAUGGAAUAACAACCCAAAUGUAUUGCAGUUCACAGCUGCAGUAAGACGCCUGGUGCUUGGGAACGCUGUGACUGCAUCGAAAACUGCAAGUUGCUUGAUGACAACUCCAUAA